AUGUUCUCUCUGCAGAGGUUACCGCUCAUUUGUGCAGUUGUCUGCGCUUCUCUGCUGAUCAUCUCACCGGUCGCACACUCACAGUCGCCCAAAACCAGUGUCGAAGAGGAAGUGUACGGCGUAAAGUACGCGUCAGACUGUGAAGUCUGCAAACUGCUGGUCACCGAACUGGAGAAUAAGCUGCAGGACACGGGCAAAUCGCAUGAUGUAAUCGAGACUGGGUACACCUUUGACAGUGACAAGCGCUCCAAGAAGAAGUACUCCAUUUCUGAACUGCGACUGAUUGAAUCAAUGGAGGCCGUUUGCGAUGAGCUUCUCAGUUACAACGUCCACAAGGAACGCACUGACAGUACCCGUUUUGCCAAGGGAAUGAGCACCACCUUCAAGACGCUGCACGGUCUAGUCGAUAAGGGCGUCAAAGUGGAUCUGGGCAUUCCACAGGAGCUCUGGGACAAACCCUCUGCAGAGGUGUCCUUUCUGAAGACACAGUGCGAAAAGAUGAUUGAACAGCACGAAUCGGCUAUUGAAGAGUGGUACUUUAAUCACCAGGAGGAGCAGAAUCUAGGCAAGUACCUUUGUGAGGAUCGUGUUCUGAGAAAAGGAGAUGCAGGCUGUCUGCUGGAAAAGCUGGGUACUCAGCCAAUUGAAAAAGAAACCAACAAGAAAAAGACUGAACUUUGA